AUGGCCAGUCUCGCGGCGGCCGCGAAGCCUGCUGCUCGCCAGCAGUCCCCGCCUGCCCCCUCGAAGCGCGACAAGAAGCGGCAGCUUCUCAACGAGCGGCUCACGCUUCUCGACGACCAGUUCAGCCGCGACCGUGACCGCCACUACCGGGAGGAGCUGCAGAAGAUCCAGAUCGACGUCAGCCUUGUCGGCCGCGUCGACCCUUACGCCGACCGGCCUCUCGAUGCCAUUGAGCGCAGCUACCGCGAGCUCUCGCAGCAGACCAGCAGCAAUGGCGCCAACCGCAGCCUGCUCGACAUGGCAGGCCCGUCUUUCCAGGAGUGGGUGCACGAGAUUGAGGAUCUAGUUGAGCACCGCGACUACGAGCUUGUUACCCAGAAGCACGAGUACGAUCGCAAGUCCAGCGAAGCCGCCAACGAACAUGCCUACCGAAUCGAAGUUGCCCGACGCGAACACAAAGCCUUGUCUGCCACGCUGCGAGACCGGCUGAUCAACAGCAUUACCUCGAAGAAGUACCGUCUCGGCAAAGAGAAAGAAGCCCUUGACAUCUCGGACAGUUCAGCACUUCUACUGCACCCAAACCAAUUCAGCCUCACAAACCCCGCGAGCCCGGGAGGACCGCACGGCAAGCGUAAUACGAGGUUACGACGAGAGAUGGAGGAUCUGCCUGGCUUCUCGGAUAACAAGAAGCGGAAGCGCAACGGUGGUGGUGGCGGUGAUGAGGACGGCUCGCCCGCCCCAACCCGCCGGCCGCUUGACGCUACCAACACGACGCCACUCUGGCAAGGCGAGCGGCUACGAGGCCUGCGCAAGGAGAGCGGGCCCAUUUAUAGCAUUGACAAGCUCUUCACUGACAAGGAGUUGGCCAUGACGUAUAACACGGCUGCGCUCGCGGCACACAAGCACCUCCUCGUGCGGCGCGACAACAACGGCAACAUCCUGCCCUCCCCGGAUGACAGCGAGAACGGCAACGGCGACGGCGCCGACGAGCCCGAGGACGAGUUUGCGGCGGCGACCAUGAUGGAGCGCCAGCCAUCACACACCACGCGCAGCACUCGCGGCGCGCAAGUCAUGCAGCAAAACUUCUACGACGACAAGAUGCUCGGCAUAGAAGGCCUUACGAACUUUGAGCUUCCCGGCAACUUGGACCGCAUGGCGGCGCAGGAACCCAAGCUGCCGCCACUCAUCCAUUCGCAGUAUUCAAAGGCAUACGUCAAGUCAGACAGCAACACACCCACAGCCCUCUCGGCCGACGACGCAUCGCAGGACUUCAUGGUCAUGACUGUGCUCAAGCACUAUCAGAAGGCCAACGGCGUCGGAUCCAACCUCGAGGUCAACAACGGCGGGCGCCGCCUGCUCGAGGCCAUGACGGCCAGCAACGGCGCCGGGGCGGGCAACAAGACACGCAAUGCGGUGUUCCUCCAGGGCCAGCGGCCCUCAGUUGAGGCCCUGGCCGAGUCACUCAAUGUCCCGAGCAGCAGUCUCCGUGACGAGCCCUUGCCUGCCGGCGGCUCGGCGCAAGGUGGCGGCCCUCACAGCGGGGCGCCCACAGUGAGCGGCGGGUUGUUGUCCGUGCUGGGUGGGGGACUGUCUGGACUGACGAGCUCGCCCGGAGGAUACGCUGGGUUCGGCGGUGGCAUGCCCAUGAGCCGGCAGAGCAGUCUCGGUGGCGCGGCGAUGAGCCGGUCCGGCAGCGCGCGUGGCGGCAAGAGGAAAUAA